ACGGCUGAGGGCGCGACGGGACUGUGCGGGCCCUCGGGAAUCUCCAGCCUCUGCGGUUUCGGGGCUCCUCUUCCCCAGGCUUGCAAUUGGCAGCGCCGGUGGCAGGGUUCCUGGCCCCUCUCGAGUUGGAUUGCGGCUCUAGUCGCUGCUCCUCUGUUUCCUCUCCACCUCAGGUCUAUAGGCUCUGUGAUGGCAGGGCGGCUGCUUAACGUAACCAAAGUGCUUUAGUAUCCAUUCCGCCUCCUUUGACCUCCGAAACCCUGCGGGUAAGGAAAGCAGCCGUCAUCUUGUGCCAGGAUGUCAGGAACUGGGAAUAAAAGAGCAGCCGGAGAGCCUGGCACAUCUGCGCCUCCAGAGAAGAAGACAGCUGUUGAGGAUUCAGGGACCACCGUGGAAACAAUUAAGCUAGGAGGUGUCUCUUCAACGGAGGAGUUAGACAUUCGAACGCUGCAAACCAAAAAUCGCAAGUUGGCAGAAAUGCUGGAUCAACGGCAGGCCAUUGAAGAUGAACUCCGUGAGCACAUUGAAAAACUGGAACGACGACAGGCCACUGAUGAUGCCUCACUAUUGAUUGUCAACCGGUACUGGAGUCAGUUUGAUGAAAACAUCCGUAUCAUCCUUAAACGUUACGAUCUGGAGCAGGGCUUGGGAGACCUACUCACAGAAAGAAAAGCCCUUGUUGUGCCUGAACCAGAACCAGACUCUGAUAGCAAUCAGGAACGUAAAGAUGACCGAGAGAGAGGGGAAGGGCAAGAGCCAGCUUUCUCUUUCCUUGCUACUUUGGCCAGCAGUUCCAGUGAAGAGAUGGAAUCUCAGCUGCAGGAGCGUGUAGAGUCUUCCCGCCGAGCUGUGUCUCAGAUUGUGACUGUCUAUGAUAAAUUGCAAGAAAAAGUGGAGCUCUUAUCCCGGAAGCUAAAUAGUGGAGAUAAUCUGAUAGUAGAGGAAGCAGUGCAGGAGUUGAAUUCCUUUCUCACACAAGAGAAUAUGCGGCUACAGGAAUUGACAGACCUUCUUCAGGAGAAACACCGCACCAUGUCACAGGAGUUCUCCAAGUUGCAGAGUAAAGUGGAGAUGGCUGAGUCAAGAGUGUCUGUCCUGGAGUCCAUGAUUGAUGACUUGCAGUGGGAUAUUGACAAAAUUCGAAAGAGGGAACAGCGACUCAACCGACACUUAGCAGAAGUCCUAGAACGAGUGAAUUCAAAAGGUUAUAAGGUGUAUGGCGCUGGGAGCAGCCUCUAUGGUGGCACAAUCACUAUCAAUGCCCGGAAGUUUGAGGAAAUGAACGCCGAGCUUGAGGAGAACAAAGAAUUGGCUCAGAACCGUCACUGUGAGCUGGAGAAACUUCGGCAGGACUUAGAGGAGGUCACCACGCAAAAUGAGAAGCUGAAGGUGGAAUUACGGAGUGCAGUGGAGGAAGUGGUUAAGGAGACUCCGGAAUACCGCUGCAUGCAGUCACAGUUCUCCGUCCUGUACAAUGAGAGCCUGCAGUUGAAAGCACACUUGGAUGAGGCUCGGACCCUGCUUCAUGGCACCAGGGGCACCCACCAGCGUCAGGUUGAGCUCAUUGAGCGAGAUGAGGUUAGUCUUCACAAGAAGUUGAGGACUGAAGUGAUCCAGCUCGAAGAUACCCUGGCCCAGGUCCGCAAGGAGUAUGAAAUGCUGAGGAUAGAAUUUGAGCAGACGCUCGCUGCCAACGAACAAGCAGGCCCUAUAAAUCGAGAGAUGCGCCACCUCAUCAGUAGCCUCCAGAAUCACAAUCACCAGCUGAAGGGGGAGGUCCUACGAUACAAGCGGAAAUUGAGAGAAGCCCAGUCUGAUUUGAACAAGACACGGCUACGCAGCGGCAGUGCACUUCUGCAGUCUCAAUCGAGUACUGAGGACCCUAAGGAUGAGCCUGCAGAGUUGAAACAGGAUCCUGAGGACUUAUCAACACAGUCCUCAGCAUCAAAGUCAUCACAGGAGGAAGUCAAUGAAGUUAAGUCCAAACGGGAUGAAGAAGAACGCGAACGAGAACGGAGGGAGAAAGAGAGGGAGCGAGAAAAAGAAAGAGAACGGGAGAAGGAAAAGGAGAGAGAACGAGAGAAGCAGAAACUAAAAGAGUCAGAAAAAGAAAGAGAUUCUGCCAAGGAGAAAGAAAAGGGGAAACAUGAUGAUGGAAGGAAAAAGGAAGCAGAAAUUAUCAAACAAUUGAAGAUUGAACUCAAGAAGGCACAGGAGAGCCAGAAGGAAAUGAAACUAUUACUAGAUAUGUACCGCUCUGCCCCAAAGGAACAAAGGGACAAAGUUCAACUGAUGGCAGCUGAGAAGAAGUCUAAGGCAGAGUUGGAAGAUCUGAGGCAAAGACUCAAGGAUCUGGAGGAUAAGGAGAAAAAAGAGAACAAGAAAAUGGCUGAUGAGGAUGCUUUGAGGAAGAUCCGGGCGGUAGAGGAGCAGAUAGAAUACCUGCAGAAGAAGCUGGCCAUGGCCAAGCAGGAGGAAGAAGCUCUCCUGUCUGAGAUGGAUGUCACAGGGCAGGCCUUUGAAGACAUGCAGGAACAAAAUAUCCGUUUGAUGCAGCAGUUGCGAGAGAAGGAUGACGCAAAUUUCAAGCUCAUGUCAGAACGUAUCAAGUCCAAUCAGAUUCACAAAUUGCUUAAAGAGGAGAAGGAGGAGCUAGCAGAUCAGGUUUUGACUCUGAAGACUCAGGUCGAUGCGCAAUUACAGGUAGUAAGAAAACUGGAAGAGAAGGAGCAUCUGCUGCAGAGCAACAUUGGCACGGGGGAGAAGGAGCUGGGUCUUAGGACCCAAGCCUUGGAGAUGAAUAAGCGUAAGGCAAUGGAAGCAGCCCAGCUUGCAGAUGACCUCAAAGCACAACUGGAGUUGGCUCAGAAGAAGCUACAUGAUUUUCAGGAUGAGAUCGUGGAGAAUAGUGUCACCAAAGAAAAGGACAUGUUCAAUUUCAAACGCGCCCAGGAGGACAUCUCUAGACUUCGAAGGAAGCUGGAGACCACAAAGAAACCAGACAAUGUGCCCAAAUGUGACGAAAUUCUGAUGGAGGAGAUUAAGGAUUACAAGGCACGCCUGACCUGUCCGUGUUGCAACAUGCGUAAAAAGGAUGCUGUACUUACCAAGUGUUUUCAUGUUUUCUGCUUUGAGUGUGUGAAAACUCGCUAUGACACCCGACAGCGUAAAUGUCCCAAGUGUAAUGCUGCUUUUGGUGCCAAUGAUUUCCAUCGCAUCUACAUUGGUUGAGCCAAGUCAAGAGAAGAAGAGAGGCUGGCUGGACAGGCACUUAUUCAUUAACUACCAAACCUCUACCUCUUUUCUCCUUGACUGUCACCUACAGGGCAGUUUGUCAACCAUCUUUACUCCACAGACUUUACCUGCAGAGUCUCCUCUCUAAUAGCUAGAUGACUGUAGAGGAGAGGACUGGUAAAUGCAAGUCUUGGCUUUAGGAUGAAUUAGAAACAAACAACUCUUAUUUGUCUUCCCUACCAGCUUUGUUUAUUUCCUGCCUUUACACUCUUGGACAUUUUCUUCUUUGGGCCCACUGUAUAAUCCUGGAUUGUUCAUUCCUCCUGAAGAAGUCAGGUUUGUGUUUUUGACUUGGAAAAGGGGGCAAAGAAGAGUGGGAACACAUGGCUGUUUUGGGGAGUGAUGCUUUAGAAAUAAGCUAUCUGUGGGUACAACCUUUUCUUGAUUUGGGUAGUAAACUUUUUGUAAACUUGGAUUAUAAAAUGGUGUAAUUGUGCUACUCUUUCCUGGAUGGUUUGAGGCCUUAAUGAAAUUACGUCCAGGAUGAUUUCCCUUUCGCUAGCAGAGUAACUUGUUAAGAUCAGCUGGCUUUCUUGUUAAAGUUUAAGUUUUGAAUGUUCUACUAAUUAAAGUCUUUAAGUUUCUUGAGGCCAGAAUAGUCUCAAAUAAUAUAGCUCUUUUUAUCUUCUAAUGAAAUCAAGAUUGGAAAGGAUGGGGAACAGGGCUGAGAUGGUGAAGACAUUUUCUGGGCACUCUGGAACUCCGUACAGAGAGACUUUGGUGAGCCACAAAUUGGACUCAUUCUCCUCCCGACAGAGAUUGUUCCAGAAGAUCCUCUGUAAUGUUUCUGUAGGACUUUAUAUUUUACAAGCUUCAAUUAAAGCAGGAUUCAGUUUG